AUGUCCAAGACGACGAUCAAAUCAAAGAGUGAGGGAGAGCGUCGCAGGAAAUUGCCGGUAAUCAACCUCUCGCGUGCACUUGGAUACGGCUGCAACCAUGACUGGGCUACGGAAACACUAUGGCAUUUAGCAGCCAUGCGUUUCGAAUCUUUCGAGUAUGUGAAUUGCGUGGGCUAA